AAAUCAACAUGUCUGAUAUCCAAGGUCUGAGAGCACAGAUUUAUGGUAAGCUUGAUGAACUGCAAAGCAAAACUUACUGAUGCUUUUGGUAAAGACAACUACCGAGCUGUUGACGCGAAGACCAAAGUCCAUAUCUUGGUCAGAAGGCACCUCGACGGACGAUACCGAGCAUGUGUGGCGGCCAAAGACAGCACCCGUUUCCCUCUCCUUCAAGACUUCGGAGAGAUGAGUCUGACAGUCGUCGAUGCUUUGAAAGCCUUGCUAGACAGAAGCUGUGAAUGGCUCUAUGAAGCUGAGGCUCGCGAUGCCGAGUGUGAACUACGCCGCUUUAAGCGCUGGGUCUCCGAAACACCCGACGAACAUGGCCAACAACCUGUCAUCACGUCGAGGGAAGAGAUUGAGAGAGUUGCUACCUGUUCAGUCCACGCGGCUGAGCUGGAAAGACUUCGGGUGAAGAACCUUCGCAGGAUCGCCAAUAGACAGCGCGCAAGGUCUCCAACGACUGUUCGUAGAGUUCGAGAAAGAAACGGAAUUGCUUGAUGCUACAAUGUUUUGUCGAAGCCCUGCUUGCUUCUCGUAGUCUCGAUACAUGAUCGGCUACAUAGCGCACAAUUAUGCACGCUUAUGCAG